AUGGAAACUCGGUACAGCCAGUUUGAGUCACCCCCCGAGAGAUUUGAGUUCGCAGAACAGAACGUGACAUUGCCAAAAGAUAUGAAGAGGAUAUUGUUAUAUGUCCUGUAUUGCAUCCUAGUCGCCCUGCUUUUAAUUCAUCUGAUGGUAACUGGGAUUAAAUUCUCACAGUUAAACACAGAAAUUACCGACAUUAAACUUCACCUUGAAAGACUCAGCUCGAAAGCCUCAGGUAAAGUAAGAAAAUAUUGGGACUGGACAACCAUAGAAAUUGUUCAUUUAGAAAAACAUGUUCCAGUUAGAGGAGCAUGUAAGGAAGGAUGGGUGUCUUUCCAAAAUAGCUGCUAUUUUCUGUCUGCCACCACUGCCACUUGGAGCAAAGCUGAGCAGCAGUGCCUUUCCCAUGGAGGGCAUCUGGUGGUUGUAAACGGUGUGGAGGAACUGGAUUAUAUUUCAGAAAUUUCUGAAAUCUCUUAUAAAUACUGGAUUGGACUCGUGGAAAGAGAACAUGAGGGAGAGUGGAGUUGGGUGGAUGGAACUGACUAUAAAAUUACUCCAAAGUUCUGGGAUGCUGAUCAGCCAGACAAUUGGGCCUUCAGAAAAAAUGGCGAGGACUGCGGGCAGCUCCAUGCUACUGAUGCACGCAUUCGCCGGCGUUGGAAUGACGCUGACUGCAACGUGUCAUACAAUUUUAUAUGUGAAAUAAGGACAUGA